AUGAGCGCCCAAGCGGCUCCGGGGACCCGGGACUACCUGUUCGUGAUGAACAACCAGAUGGACAAAGGGCGCGAGAGCGCCCGGAGUGCGAAGCUCGGAGCAGCUACCUACAGCGAGUGGAGGACCGCAGGGGAACGAAUCGCAUCUGCAGCAGGGGAGACCAACAAGGAGCUCUACGACUGUGGACGUGGACGGACGCCCGGGACUGGAAAUGCCAAGGUGGGUGUCGCGUUUGGGGUCUUAUCUGAGCGUGGGACCUACCUUCAGGCUGAGAUCGCCGGUGAGGUCUAUGAGGCCUCUACCGCCUCCUACACCACCGAGCUCGUCGGAUCUGCCGCAAGAGGCGAUACAGGAUGGAGCUGGAAGCCACACAGAGAUCCUUGGAGCAAGCCCGCCAAGCCAGAGGCGAGCAUGCAAGGGCCCGGGGAGUAUGUGAAGCAGCUGAGCUACGCCAGGGUGAACCCGGUCAAGUACCUCUCGGUGAACCUGCUCAGCUACCAAGGGUUCCAGCAGUAUCUGUACCACCGGAGCAUUCCCAGGGUGAUCCUCUUACUCUACUUGUAG